CCAGCGUGCUCUGCGGGAGGGCUUGCCCCACUUCACCCCCUUUCCUGGCUCUACCGCGUCUGGGAGACUACAACUCCCAGCGUCCUCCGCGCGGCGGUGGCGCAGACGUCGCCCGGCCCCGCCCCUCGGCUCGGCCCCGCCCCCGCCCGCCGAAGUCUGCGCGCGAAGUCCGUGGCGCGAAUUUGGGACUGCAGUGUAGCGCCGAGCGGUUCCGGGUGUGGCGUUCUGGACAGCGGCGCGCGGGCUCGGCGCGAGGAACUGCCCAUUGCAGAAGAGGAGGAGGAGGAGAGGGGAGGGGAGGAUUCUGACGCCAUCAUGCAGCGAAGUAUUAUGUCAUUUUUCCAGCCCAAGAAAGAGGGCAAAGUGAAGAAGCCAGAGAAGGAGAUAUCCAACAGCACCAGAGAAACAGAGUCCCCUCCAAAGGUGGCGCUGAAGGAGCGGAAUAGAGUGGUACCUGAGGGCGACUCUCCAGUGAAGAGGCCAGGGAGGAAGGCGGCCCGGGUCCUGGGCAGCGAAGGGGAGGACGAGGAGGAGGACGCCCCCAAACCCCCCAAAAGCCAGAAGCCUGCUCCAGAUUCCCCACAAGUCUCCCCUCCCAGUCCUGGCACACUGCCUGAGAGCAGCCCUUCCCACUCCAGCACCUCUCCCACGGUCGUCUCCCCAUCAGGGAUCCCGAAGCGUCGCACGGCCCGGAAGCAGCUUUCCAAACGGACAUUUCAGGAUGUCCUGCAAGAGCAGGGCAAGGACGAGGACGGAGGAGCCAAGAAGAAGAAGAAGGAGGAGGAGGAGGAGGAGGAGGAAGAAUUAGAGACACCAACAGAAAGCCUCACAGAGCCUGAAGGGGGCAAGAAGAAGGAAGCAGAAGAAGGAGACCAGCCCAGGUCACCCCCUGAGCCCCUGAAGACCUCCACAAAGCCCCCAACAGAAAGCGUUUCAGAGCCCAAGGUGGCCGUGAAGCAGGGACCACAGGAGGACGGCCAGGCUAAGCCUCCCCCCAAAGCUCCCAAGACGCUCAGCAGUUUCUUCUCUCCCCGGAAGCCAGCAAUCAAGAAAGAAGCGAAAGAAGAGGGACCCAGUGCUCUGAGAAAGGAUGAGACCAAGGGACACCUGGACCCAUCCAGCUACAAUCCUGCCAAGAACAACUACCAUCCCGUCGAAGAUGCUUGCUGGAAGGUGGGCCAGAGAGUCCCUUACCUGGCUGUGGCCCGGACAUUUGAGAAGAUCGAAGAGGUUUCUGCGCGGCUCCGGAUGGUGGAGACGCUGAGCAACCUCCUGCGCUCCGUGGCGGCCCUGUCACCUGCUGACCUCCUCCCCGUCCUCUACCUCAGCCUCAACCGCCUGGGGCCGCCCCAGCAGGGCCUGGAGCUUGGCAUUGGCGAUGGCAUCCUCCUCAAGGCGGUGGCCCAGGCCACAGGCCGGCAGCUCGAGUCGGUCCGGGCCGAGGCGGCCGAGAAGGGCGACGUGGGGCUGGUGGCCGAGAGCAGCCGCAGCACCCAGAGGCUCGUGCUGCCCCCGCCCGCCCUCACCGCCGCCGGCGUCUUCACCAAGUUCCGGGACAUCGCGCAGCUGGCCGGCAGCGCUUCCACAGCCAAGAAGAUGGACGUCAUCAAAGGCCUCUUUGUGGCCUGCCGCCACUCAGAAGCACGAUUCAUCGCCAGAGCCCUGAGUGGACGGCUGCGCCUCGGGCUGGCAGAGCAGUCGGUGCUGGCGGCCCUCGCCCAGGCCGUGAGCCUCACCCCGCCAGGUCAAGAAUUCCCCCCAGCCGUGGUGGAUGCUGGGAAGGGCAAGACAGCAGAGGCCAGAAAGACAUGGCUGGAGGAGCAAGGCAUGAUCCUGAAGCAGACGUUCUGCGAGGUGCCCGACCUGGACCGCAUCGUCCCCGUGUUGCUGGAGCACAGUCUGGAGCAGCUCCCGGAGCACUGCAGGCUGAGCCCAGGGGUCCCCCUGAAACCAAUGUUGGCCCACCCAACCCGGGGCGUCAGCGAGGUCCUGAGGCGCUUUGAGGAGGCAGCUUUCACCUGCGAGUACAAAUACGAUGGGCAGAGGGCACAGAUCCAUGUUCUGGAAGGUGGGGAGGUGAAGAUCUUCAGCAGGAAUCAGGAGGACAAUACCGGAAGGUACCCCGAUAUCAUCAGCCGCAUCCACAAGAUUAAACUCCCGUCAGUCACAUCCUUCAUCCUGGACACGGAAGCCGUGGCUUGGGACCGGGAAAAGAAGCAGAUCCAGCCAUUCCAAGUGCUCACCACCCGCAAACGCAAGGAGGUGGACGCGGCAGAGAUCCAGGUGCAGGUGUGUCUGUACGCCUUCGACCUCAUCUACCUCAAUGGAGAGUCCCUGGUACGUGAGCCCCUUUCGCGACGCCGGCAGCUGCUCCGGGAGAACUUCGUGGAGACGGAGGGCGAGUUUGUCUUUGCCACCUCUCUGGACACCAAGGACACGGACCAGAUCGCCGAGUUCUUGGAGCAGUCGGUGAAAGACUCCUGCGAGGGGCUGAUGGUGAAGACCCUGGAUGUGGACGCCACCUACGAGAUCGCCAAGAGGUCGCACAACUGGCUCAAGCUGAAGAAGGACUACCUGGACGGCGUGGGCGACACCCUGGACCUCGUGGUGAUCGGCGCCUACCUGGGCCGGGGAAAGCGGGCCGGCCGGUACGGGGGCUUCCUGCUGGCUGCCUACGACGAGGAGAGCGAGGAACUGCAGGCCAUAUGCAAGCUCGGAACAGGCUUCAGCGACGAGGAGCUAGAGGAGCAUCACCAGAGGCUCCAGGCCCUGGUGCUGCCCGCCCCACGCUCCUAUGUCCGGGCCGACGGCGCCGUGGCCCCCGACCACUGGCUGGACCCCAGCACCGUGUGGGAGGUGAAGUGUGCAGACCUCUCCCUCUCCCCCAUCUAUCCGGCUGCCCGGGGCCUGGUGGAUAGCGAGAAGGGAAUCUCCCUCCGCUUCCCUCGGUUUAUCUGCGUCCGUGAGGACAAGAGGCCGGAGGAGGCCACCACCAGUGCCCAGGUGGCCUGUCUGUACCGGAAGCAAAGUCAGAUUCAGAACCAGCAAGGCGCAGAGGCAGACUCCGACCUGGAAGAUUUCUACUAGGCCCCCUGCUCUCCCCGGGGGCUGGGGGCGGAGGGGGCCCAGGGGUGUCGCCUCAGGUGCUCAGCAAUCUGGUGUUGCCGGGUGCGGGUUUUGAUAGUCAGGUGUGCGUGUGGGAGGGGAUGGUUUCAGCCGGGGUCUGGGGUUCUAUCAUUCUUU